AUGUGGCAGAGUAAAGCACAGGCUAGUGAACAGGCUCUGGUAGCAUCAAAGCAGGCAUCGGGUUCGCACAAUUUCAUCCUGGUCCUAAUAGACGGCGACGGGGCUAUCUUUCAAGAUUAUCUCUAUGCCAUGGGCAAAGAUGGCGGCGCUGAAGCUGCGCACCAGCUCCACUCUACGGUCCAGCAAGAAGUCAAAGCAACAUAUCCAGACGCCAUUUCCGACUGGAGUAUAGUGGUUCAAGUCGUUCUAAAUCUUCAAGGAUUAGCAACAAAACUACAGAGUCUAGGCAUCAUUUCGAACGCCAACGAACUGGCUGCGUUUGGUAGAGCCUUGGGACUCGCACAGCCUCUCUUCAACAUCAUCGACGUUGGAAAUGGCAAGGAGCGUGCUGACCACAAAUUGAGAGAGAUGCUCCGUCUAUACCUUCCAAUCUCCCAGGCAAGCAUGUGUUCUUCGCGCAUUGCCAUGACAAUGGAUAUCUUACCGUAUUCGAACAAUACCGCCGUUGCAUCUCGUCUGACACUGAUUGAGACUCGACCCGCCGAACCUGGAUUUAGGCAGUUGGGGUUCAAGAUGUGCUCCAUGAGCCAGGUAUUUCGAUCAAGCGACUUGCCCAUGUCCCGUCAGACGCUACAACCACCUGCUGCAACCACAAUGCGGACGCCAAUGAGCACACACACCAAUGCGAUGCCAUUCAUCCCAAAACCUGGAAGUCCAGCCCCAUCGACCGAGUCCGUUACUUCUGCAGGCGGGUCUACAUGGGGGACAGUCGCAAAAGGUAGCGGCUUGAACGCGAACAAAUUCAUAAGUAUUGCGUCCAAAAAGACACCAGCUCGUCGCUUCAUACUGUUGAAUGUAGACGACGAGCGACUGGACGAAGAGCUACCGAGGACCGAUCCUGGCGCAGAAGGUCGCUACGCCAAGCGCAUGGAAGGACAAGGCAAAUGCUGUAACAGCUACCAUCUCACCGGGAAAUGUUCAGCAGGAGACUAUUGCGACUAUGUGCAUGGCGAGAAGCUGACGAAAGGAGAGGUGUUGGUGCUCAAGCACAAGGCGAGGUCGCGCAGCUGCCCCCAGAGACUCUGGUGUCGCGACAUUGAUUGUGCAUACGGACAUAGUUGCAAGUUUGGAGACAACUGCUACUCCGACGCCUGCUACUUUGCAGACUCCCAUGGUAUGAAUAAGGAACCCGCGAAGCGAUACUUCGAGGAUGGUACGGAGGAGUGGAUGCCUUCGUUCCUGAACAAGACUCGAUAA